GGAGGCGUGCCCACAGAAAGAAACGGCUGAGCUGUGCGAGCUUCAGACCGAGCAGAGCGUUUACUCGUUGAACGGCAGGAAGGAUGCGUUUCUUCGGUUUAUGUGGAGUUCAUUUCUGUUGUCGAAAUUCACCGCUGAUGUGUGUUUACGCGUGUUAAUUUACAAAUUCACGAGAAAGUAGUGAGGCGAAUGCGAAUAGUGAAAGGGGAGGAAACGGUGAAGCUAGUCACCUGGGGAUGAAAGUACAAAUCGUCGGUUGCACGCGAGACUGUUGAUAAAGGUUCCACAAUCUCACUGGAAACUGCAUGUGCCUUCAACUGUAAGCUAAUCUUACAAGAUACAGAUUAACUGGAUUUAUCUUUUAGUUGGGAGUAUAAAUUUGCAAAGAUGCCCAUCUUGAAGCAACUAGUGACAAGCUCAUCUCAGACCAAGCGACGCUCUCGCAUGGACCUUACCACGGAAAUGAUUAGUGCUCCGUUGGGAGAUUUUCGUCACACCAUGCAUGUGGGCAGGGGUGGUGAUGCUUUCGGGGACACUUCCUUUCUCAGCAGCCACUCUGGCGAGCCCCCACAAGAUGCCACUUCUAAUCCCCGCUCUCCCAAGCUGGGCCUACUGUCCAGAACCUUCAGAAGCAGCAAGCGGUCUCAGUCAGUCACUCGUGUGGACCAGCGAGACAACACACAACUACCCCCAAGUGACUCACCAAAGUAUGUGAAGAAUGCCUUGUCACUGCCUUUUCUGAAUGAUGAGGAUCGGGAUACUGAAGGCGGUAGGAUGCUCAAGAGCCUAGCAUCUAGUCCCAUGAAGCAGCAGGCCUCCAAUGGGGCAGCCGCUCAUGGCCUAGACCUGGAGCUCCACGAGAGGUCCUUCGGGGAGCUCACAGACUUGCGACCCUCUCUGUCUUAUAAUGGAGGAGGCAUGAAGCACGCCGAGUCAGUUAUGUCCUUUCAUGUGGACCUGGGGCCUUCUAUGCUAGGAGAUAUUCUAGGAGUCAUGGAGAAGGAAGAAGAUGACCUGGGCUUUGAGGAGGGCAAAAACAGCGAGGGUCAGGCUUCCCCUCUUCUCAGCCACCAAGGAGUACAAGAGGAGGAGGCAGAGGAAGACGAGGAGGCGGAGGAAGAGGGAAUGAGAGGAGAGGAGGAGCAGGAGAUGGAUUUGGAGGUGGAACAUGACGCUACUCUUCAUGCCCCCAGUUCAGUAGACCUGGAAAUUAAAAGUGAGGUCAUCAGCACUCCUGAGCCUGAACACAAACAGUUGCUGCACUCUGACAGCUGCUCUGUCUCCAGCUCUGGCUCCCAAGCCGUGGAGGACAAACAACUCUGCCAGCCUUAUCAAGGAGACAUGGACAGCACCAACUACAGCUACCACCCUGGGGAGGAAGGAGCCUUCUCUGCCUUCUUGGAGGAUGAGGAUGAUGAGAUCCGUGUGUGAGACUCUAAGCCUUGUGGAAUCUGUAUGGGGAUAGAGACAUGUAAGCAAUUUUGAAACUGUUAAUGAAAAUGAAGGUCUAUAUCUGCUCCUGGACCCUGUGAGGGAAGUGAGCAAAACAUAUCUAAUGGCCCAGCAGAGGACCUCAUAGCACCACUGUCAGACAUGUUCACUCAGCCUGGGUCUGGCAGCUGCCACAUUUUGCCACUGAACAUGUAAGUGAUGAUGAGGAGACUCAUGAAGAAAAGAAAUGUCAUUAAUGUCUUAACCUCAUCACUUGCCUUUGCAUCUUCUGACUCCAACAUUGCGUAUUUGUGUAAAGGUUUUUGGUCAUGUGUACUACAGGUGCUGGCUAAUGGUAUCUCCCGACACAAGUAUAUUUUCACUACACAAUAAGCAGGCUCUUUGCUGAAGGUUUAAAAGGCGCAUGUAGCUAAUGCUGGUGUGCCCACAGGACAUGUUGCAUAUCUGCCUGGCCUGUGGAUGAGUGCAAAAUCUUUGACAGUAAUUGCAACAUUGUAGUGCAUGUGAAGGAUUAUGGUUACACAUCCUGUUCGACACCGUCAUUAGGGCAGCUGACGGAGAAAGAUGGGAAAUCAUUCUGUAAUAAAGAUAACAAACCAGAACCUGAAACGGGUGCAGUGGCCAGAUGUUUUGUGUUCCGUUUUCCCUUCCACUAACUGUGCAUAAUUUUGCAGUGCUGACAGCUGGGAAGCUUCAUGUUAGGGGGAUUCAUGUUUGUAGAGGACUUUGUAUAGGCAUUGCAUGUGUAGUGUCGUUAUCUCACCACUUCCUUCCUCAUCACGUGACCGUAACUAUUUAGCUCUGCAGCUCGCUGGUUAAGAUGGUGGAGAAAUGUUUCUGUACCUCUGUAUUAAGGAACACUCUGUGAAAUUGGGUUGAAAUUGGGUUUUCCUACCUUGCAUUAUUAUAGCAAAUAAAAAGACACUGCACUAAUUAAGCUAAACUCAGUUUUGGUAUACAAUGCAGUGUGUUUCAGCACCACUGUAUAGUGUUAAUCACCUGGGUGAGGGACAGCUUGUACACUAACUUGUACUUAGUUUCUUUUAUCAUUUGUUCACAGAAGUCAUGUUGUAAAAUGUGAAUAUGUGAGGCCUUUACUGCUGCCCAGUCUGUGCUGGUGUGCUUGCCUAUUAUAGCUUACUCAUUUCUAUCUUUUGUAGGCUACAGAGACUAGCUGUUCUAAAAAAAAAAUAAAAAAUAAAAUAAAAUGCUGAGUUGUAAGAAAUCCUUGCAGAGCUUUUAGCAAUAGGGUUGUCUUCAGCCUUAAGUAGAUAUGACAAAAGUGCCAAAUUUAAUCUGCCAUGUAAUCCGAAGUAAAACUAGCAAUUUGUAUAUCAUCAAAGAAGGGAUUUUACAGUCUGGGUCCCUAAGUGACUUUAUUCAAAUAAGGGGCUCAAACCUCGUACUUAAUUCACUGAAUUGUUUGAGUGUAUUUGCUUAACCCGCAGAAGAGCAAAAUCACAGAAGUUCCAAGAUAUUUGCCUUUUUUUUGUGGAAAAUCUGUUUUGAAUAUGAAAAAGUAAAUAUGAGGAAAUCGCUCCAGAUUUGCUGUGCCAGCUGAAUUUUAACAUUCAGAACACAAACAUUUAGCUAAUCUUUCUUACUUAAAGUCCUCUUAUGCAUAUAUUUCUUGCUUGGAUGGCCUUGUUUUGAAAAUGCAACAUAACUAUAUUUUUCAAUAAAAUGAUAUCACCAAGCAAGGCUUGUGUGUUGUUUUGUCUAGGACUUUCACUUUGAGACAGUUCCAUGGUGUGUACAGUAUUGUUAUGAACCCUGAUUAGAUUAACAGUGUAGCUUUAUGGGAGGCCACUAUCUGUAACUGAAAAAUAGGGAGAAAUGACCCUGACUGGUAAAAUGAUGACAUGCUCACAGCUAGAACAGCUUGGCUCCAUAUCCAUAGAUUGAGUUGAUUUUAUGGAAAAAGAAGACCUUGCUGCAUUUUAAAGCUAGAUUUUAGAUAACUCGUACUGUGGACCACGGUCCAGCUGCAGACCCAGUAAAGUGUUUCAGUGGAUUAAACUGAGUACUUGAAAAAUACUGUAGCAGAUAAGCAUUCAGAGACUCUGGUUUUCUAAAAAUAAACCAUUGCAGCUUCUGUAGCAAAUCCUCUGAUAAACUGUAUCCCAUCACUUGGAUUUAUGUAAACUGUUUAGCUGAAUGUGCAGCUCAUUGACUAACUACAGGUCUAAGGGGAGAGUUUUCUGAAAUAUGAAAUAAAAUGAAAUAGCUAGUUCAUUUCAUUUAACUUCCAUGAUCUACAGUUGCAAUCAAAAUUAUUCAACCCACAUUGCAAAUCAGGUUUAUUGUCAAAAUUUACAGACUUCAAAUCAAACAAAAGCAGUUGGAAUAGUUCAACACAAUGAAUGCUUCACGUGGUUUCCCCAAAUUCAACUGAAAAUGCAACUUAUGAUUUCCUUUAAAGAUAAAUAGAGAGAAGUAUGUGUUUAUUCGAGCAAAUUCAGAACAAAUGUGUAUUAUCAGUUCAGAGUCCAUGCUGCUAGUCAAAAGUGGUAAUAUAAAGCUUCA